AUGCGUGAGCGAGUUGAAACAAGGAUAGGUUGCCAAGCACAUAUGAAAAUUCGACUUGAUAAAAAGAAUAAGAAAUAUUGUAUACAGAGCCUUGAGCUCAAUCAUAAUCAUAUUCUUCAUGUUUCACAAUGUGCUCACAUGAUGCCAUCACAACGAAGGAUCUCACAUGCACAAGCAUUGGAAAUUGAUUUGGCUUAUGAUAGUGGUAUAAAAUUGAAAGAUUCGUAUGAGUUUAUGGGUAGGCAUGCUAGUGGGAAAGAUGUUCUUGGUUACACCAAGCAAGAUCAUAAGAAUUACCUUCACAGCAAACGACAACGAGAGCUGAAAUAUGGUGAGUCAGGGUGUUUACUUAGAUACUUUGAAAAGAAAAAGCGAGAGAAUGUUUCCCUUUAUUAUGCAUUACAGUUGGAUGCUCCAGAACAGAUAACAAAUAUUUUUUGGGUAGAUCUGCAAAUGAUUGUUGAUUAUAAGUUAUUUGGUGAUGUAGUUUCUUUUGAUACGACAUACAGAACAAAUAAGGAAUAUCGACCGCUUGCAAUGUUUGUUGGGUUUAAUCAUCAUAGAAAGGUUGUUUUAUUUGGGGCUGCACUUCUAUACAAUGAAACUAUAGAGUCUUUCGAGUGGUUGUUUGAAACUUUCUUUGAGGCAAUGUCAGGGAAGAAGCCAAAUACAAUCUUUACUGAUCAAGAUCCAGCAAUGGCAAAAGCUAUUUCAUUGGUGAUGCCUAAUACUUACCAUCGAUUGUGUACGUGGCAUUUAAUGCAAAAUGCUUUGAAACAUAUUGGUCAUUUAUUAACAGGUGAGAAUGAGUUUAGAAGUGAUCUCAAUGCUUGUUUUAAAGUUUGGGAAGAGGAAGAUGAGUUCCUUAGUGCUUGGGAUACUAUACUUCAUAAGUACAAUGUAUGUGAUAAUUCUUGGCUUCAACGUUUAUUUGAAGUGAAAGAGAAAUGGGCUAAAGCAUAUGUCAAGAUGUCUUUUUUUGCAGGAAUGACUCCGACACAAUUGAGUGAAAGUUUGAAUGCUAACUUGAAGGAUUAUUUACAGUCAGAUUAUGAUAUUGUAAAGUUCUUCACACAUUUUGAUAGAUUACUUAAUGAUAAGCGCUACAAGGAAUUGUUGGCAGAGUAUAAUUUAAGACAAAAGUUACCAAAGAUUAAGAUGUUAUCACCUAUGUUGGUACAAGCAGCAAAGAUUUAUACUUCUCAACCAUUUUUGAAGUUUCAAAAGCAAUAUGAAGAGUUCCAAGGAGCUUAUGUCAAGGAGCUUAUUGAAAGAAACUCAUCUCAGGAAUAUAUAGUGUCAUUUUAUGAUAUACCUCAAGAUCGUAGAGUCAUUUGGAAUUCUUUGGAACACAGUGUUUCAUGUAGUUGCAGAAAUCGAGCAGCUGAAUGUGAAGAAGCAUACAAGAUAGCAUUGGAAAACUAUACUGAGUUGAGCAAAAAGAUUGAAGAUGUCAUGAGAAGGAAAUCCGAUCUUUGCCAAGUUGAUAAUUCUCAAGAAAAUCCUUUAAAUGAAGAUGUCAUAAGUGCUAAAGGCCUUAAAACAAGCAAGAAAUCACUUACAAACCCACAAUUUUACAACAAAACCUCCCAAUCCAAAAACCCAAAUCACUUCCGCUGUGCAGUCCCUGCAAUCCGACCAAGAGAAGAAGCUGAUUCGGCCUUUGAGUUUGACGUUGCUCUUGACCUUCACGGCUACCUUCAUGGCUUCAUCCUAGAGAGAUCGAACUCGGUCACGCCGCCCGAUUUUGCCGUCGUCUUUGAAGCAUCUGUUGUCGAGAUCGAACCGUCUCUACACGAUCGCCAUGAGGAGCUGCUGCUCCUCCCACGGAUGAACUUCCCGAUGGCCGGCAUGUCUACGGACAACCACUGCAAGCGUUGGAAUGAGACCUCGUCGUUUGAAGAAGAAUGUCUUGGGGAAGACUCCUACUGCGGUAGAUAG